ACAACACUCCUCUCCAAUUCAGAAAAUAUGGGAGCCUGGCUUCUUGUACCCUUCUCCACCUUCGUCACCUUCACCCUUAAGUUCAUCAUAUUCCCCUACAAACCCUCCCAUAAACUCAACGCCCCGCUCCCUCCAGGUCCAACCACCCUUCCCAUCAUCGGCAACUUCAUAUGGCUCUUCAAACUCGCCUCCCGCGGCAUGGAUUCCAUCCUCCGUGACCUACACGCCAAAUACGGCAGCGUCGUCUCCGUCCCCGUUCCCUUCACUCACCCCGUCAUCAUGAUCGCCGACCGCUCCCUCGCACACCAAGCCCUAGUCAAGAACAGUGCCGUUUUCGCGGACCGUCCUGAAGCCCGACCAUCUAUCAAGUUCAUGACCAGCAACCAACAAGUCGCCGCCACUGCUGGCUACGGCCCCACGUGGCGCCUCAUCCGCCGGAAUCUCAUCUCCGAGGUCAUGAUUCCGUCUAAGCUUAAGGCCUAUGCCGGUACCCGGAAAUGGGCCCUAGACGACCUCGUCAACCGUCUUGGGACGGCGUCGUCAUCGGGACGUAACAUGGUGCAAGUUUUGGAUCAUUUGCGGAUGUCGGUGACGGGUUUGUUUUUGUACAUGUGUUUUGGUGAGAAGAUGGAGGAGGAGAAGGUGAGGGAAACAGUGGAUGUUCAGGGUCGGUUUCUGGCGGGUUUGGUCGGAGAGUUUAAGAUCCUCAACUUUGGAGCCGCUUGGUUUACCAAAAUUUUGUUUUAUAAACGGUGGGGUCGAUUCUUUCAGAUUCUCCAGCAGCAAAUGGAUCUCCUGCUGCCUCUGAUACAAACGCGAAAGAAGAUAAAGGAAGAGGGAAAAUGGUCGAGUAACCGAAAAGAAAAUGACAACAACAGCAAUAAUAUAGCAUUUGUUGAUACAUUAUUAGGUUUAGAGCUCCCGGAGGAGAAACGAACCUUCGAUAACGCAGAACUAGUUAACCAAUGCUCGGAUUUCGUGAUCGCCGGCUUUGACACUAUUGUUAUAACACUACAGUGGAUGAUGGCGAACGUAGUGAAACACCCACAUAUUCAAGAAAAAAUUGUCUUGGAGAUCAAAGAAGUUGUGGGAGAAGUUGAAGAAGUGAAAGAGGAUGACCUGCACAAAAUGAAGUUUCUAAAAGCGGUUGUGCUGGAAGGUCUACGACGUCAUCCUCCUGGUCAUUUUCUGCUCCCGCACUCUGUGACCGAGGACGUCAUUUUGGACGGGCGUUACGCGAUUCCAAAGGAUUGCACUGUGAAUUUUUCGCUGGCGGAGAUGGGGCGGGAUCCGAAGGUGUGGGCGGAGCCGAUGGAGUUCAAGCCGGAGAGGUUUCUGAGUGGUGAGGAGAACGUGUGUGAUAUAACGGGGAGUAAGGACAUCAAGAUGAUGCCUUUUGGGGUAGGGAGAAGGAUGUGUCCGGCUUCGAGUCUGUCAAUGGUGCUUUUGGAGUACUUUGUGGCGAAUUUGGUUUGGAAAUUUGAGUGGAGAGCUGUGGAGGGAGUUGGGGUUGAUAUGAGUGAGAAGGUGGAGACGAGUUGGGGGAUGAAGAAUCCGUUGCAGGCACAUAUCACUCCAAGGUUGAAUUACUGAUCGACAAGACAUGUCGAGUCCUCGAUCACUCUAUCCUAUUAUGCUUACUGAUCUACUGCUGUAUUAUAAAUAAUAAUGAACGUCAAUCGAAUGCGUCAUAAAAUUUGUUCAAGGUGUGAUUUACUUCCGCUGGCUGUGGUCUUCUUGCUUAAUCGGUUGAUUAGGUACGCUAAUGAUUUCAGUACACUACUACAUAUGCAUUGUGUAGACAAUGGUUUCUCGUGUAUUUGGUAAAGGUUUGUAAUUGUAUUAAACUGUUUAAGGGUUUGAAGGAACGAUCGAUGAUUCGUUUCUUAUAUAAAUUUUCAAAAGUUAGCGA